AUGCUCGUGCUCCUCGCCGCUCUUGUUCCGUUGGCCUUGGGUCAGUCACCUCUGACCAAAGCAUGGAAUGAGGCGUUGCCAGGAGUGCAACCCUUCUGGGAAAAGUACCAGACAGGACCGCAUGGAGUGGUCAUUCGAGGAUGGCAAUUCAGCAGAUGUGCCAGCGAGCAAUGGACAAAUUACGUGGUGAACGUAUCGAACAUCGUCAUUUGGCCCGACUAUCCACGAUUUCCGGGUCCGAUCUUCUUCAACGUGACCAUGGACGUAUCCGAAGAUCUGCCCGUCGACAAAAUCGAAAUGGAUCUCGAGGUUCGCCAUGCGGUGACGAAUAAGCAGGGUUCCAAGGGAUGGCAAGUGAUCCCCUGUCAAGGAUGGAACAUCAUUGACGGCUGCGAUGGAGUCGGAUCU